AUGACCAUAGACGAGCUUUCGAGUUCCUUGCAAGCACAUGAAGAGAAGUUGAAGAAACCGAAAGAAGAAUCGGUUGAACAAGCGUUGCAAGCAAAAUUUUCUUUCAAAGAGAAAGAUGAAAGGCGUGGCUCGCAACAAAGAGGCCGUGGAAAUGGAAGAGGUCGUGGUAGAGGCGGAAGAGGAGAUAACUUUGAAGAGAAAAAUAAUUUCGUGGAGAGCAAAAAUGAAGAUGAAGAUGCCACCUUGCUUCUCGCAUGCAAAGGAGAAGAAAGUGCCGAGAAGCACCGAUGGUACCUUGAUUCCGGUGCAAGUAGCCAUAUUUGUGGAAAGAAGGAUUUAUUUGUGGAACUUGAAGAGUUGAAUCGUGGCACAAUCACUUUUGGAGAUUCUUCACGUGUUAAGAUCAAAGGAAAAGGUACGAUUUUAAUUCGCUUGAAGGAUGGAAGUCAUCAAUUAAUUUCUAAUGUUUUAUAUGUGCCGGAGAUGAAAAGUAACAUUUUGAGUUUGGGACAACUUUUGGAGGAAAAUUAUGACAUUCAUUUGGAAGAUAAAAAGUUAUUUAUGAGAGAUGAAAAAGGGAGAUUAUUAGCUAAAGUUCCUAUGGCUAAUAAUAAAAUGUUCAUUUUAAAUCUUCAAAAUGAUGCUCCAAGAUGCUUACUUUCGUGUGCCAAAGACUCCUCUUGGCUUUGGCAUAUGAGAUUUGGUCACUUGAAUUUUGAUAGCUUAAGGUUGAUGGAUAAAGAAAACAUAGGUGAAUGGAUUGCCAAGUAUUAA